GCCGCAGGCUGCAGCAGAGAGAGCCGGGGAGGAGAUGACCCUGGUUUUACUCAGUCUGAUGGAGCACUACAGGGCCUCGCUGGGCCUGACCCCCAACACUGAUGUGACAACAGGAGCAGUAGAGCUGCUCAGACGUUUAAUAACAGAGAGAGACGAGCUGGUUGAGGAGGUGGACACACUGAGGGAGACACUCAGGACAGAGAGGCUGGAGUGGCGCCAGUUCCAGUGUGACCUGCAGGUCGCGGUGUCUGUGGCCGACCGGCUGCGGGUCGAGGCGGAGCAGGCUCUGGGUUUGCUCCAGGAGAGCCACAGGGCCACGGAGGAGCAGCUGGCUCAGGCCCUCAGCACACAGCAGGAGACGGACGGAGAGCUGGAGACUCUGAGGACCGAGCACAGAGACGUCUGCUGCAAACUGACUGAACUCACCCGGCAGCAGCGGCAGGAGCGAGCCGAGCUGGACGCUCUGAGGGACGCGUGCAGGGUGAAAGACGUGACAGAUUGUGACGAACAGGCAGAGAGACAAGACUCUGAGGAGGGGCAGCGGGAGGAAAUACAGAAGGUUGUGGAGGAAAAACUGACAGAAGUUGAAGCUGACAGUGAAGAUGAAAAUGCUGAAAAGCAAAAAGAGGAAAAUGAAACAAAUCCAGAAGCGGAUGCUCAAGAUGUGUGUCAGGAUCCUGAAGAGCAGAAUGGAUCAGAGGGCAUAGAGCUGAGAGGGAAAGGGGUGGCGGAGGGAUACCUUCGCAGUUUGGCUGCACUGGAGAAGAAGAAAGAUCCGAGGAAGAUUGUGAUGCUGUCUGAAAGGUCUUGGAGUCUCUCUCGUCUCCCACUCCCGACUGACUCCUCCAGAGAAAAUGGGACCUCAAAAAACACAAGCACAACACUGCCGCUAUGCAAGAAAGAAGAGCCACCAAAACGGAGAAGGAUGGACCGCGUUUUACAGCGACAGGACAGCUGGUCCAGCUUUUACACAGGAAAACAGGACGAGGACCAGAGCUCAGAUUACAUCAAACCUCAGGAUGGUUUCAGUGCUCUGCUGAGGCGUCAUGGCGGCUCUAGGAGAAACUCUCUGCUGCGCUGGAGUCAGAGCCGUACCCAAGGUUAUAAGAAUAUUGACAUCACAAACUUCAGCAGCAGCUGGGAGGACGGCUUGGCCCUUUGUGCCGUUUUUCACACAUAUUUACCAACUCACAUCCCGUACGACACCCUCAACCCUGCAGACAAGAAGGAAAAUCUGGACCUCGCUUUUAAGACAGGAGAGAGUGUGGGAGUCACAGCCACACUGACAGUGGAGGAGAUGCUGAAGGCGGACGGGCCGGACUGGCAGAGGGUCCUCGGUUAUGUCGAAAGCAUUUUCCGUCACUUUGAGAUGUGAAGUUUCUUCUCCUGUCGUCUUUUCUUCUGUCUGGUUCUCUGAAAGACUGAAACACUGUUUCUCCACCAGAGGGAGCUGUACUCACAGUGAACUCAGAGCAGACACGAUUUAAAAUGUAUCAGCAAUAUUACACUUUGAGAUUUUAUGUGUCAUACUUCAUACAGAUGGAAGAAACUUGGGAGUAUUUUAAAUUUUUCUACAUACCAUUUAUUCGGAACAAAUAGCUGCUGGGUGAUGAUGCACAAGACACUAAAAUAUUUGUCAGAACACAACAAUUACUUUCACAUUUGUUACUGGGUGUACUGGUUUUGCACUGUUUGCCUUUUUCAAAAAAAAUAAGCACUUUAUGAUUAAUGUAAAUUUGCGCUGUAUUUUUUAGUGAAUGAGUUCAGAAUCUGGGGCUGGCACUUUGAGUUUUUAUUUAAUUAUUUUUAUCAUGAAAAUCUCAACAUGUCUGCAUGCAACAAUAACCCACAAAGCAAAGAAAAGGAGCAGACAUGGACUCAGAUUUUAUAUGUUGGAAUAGUGAUGUUUUAACCCUAAACUCCACAGUAUCCAUCUAAGGAAAGUUGCCUUUGAGGAAAUGUAUAUAUGUAAAUGUGUGUAAGCGCUUCAGUAUUUUUAAAAACGGUUAACAUAUGAUUAUGUUGUUGCCAAAGCCUUAUUGCAAUAAUAAAGUUAUGCAUAUAGAA